UCAAUAUGGCCGCGUUGUGUUGACGCUAUCAGUGAUUCAACACACUCGCAUUCGAGGAUUACUUUUUAUAUAAUUAUAUCAGCGUCUAGCACUGACAAUAAGGUGUGAACCAUGUCUGACACGGAGGGCAAGGAAACAGACAAGGAGAAACUGUCAGCUGAACAGUCGGAGAAAGAUGAGGAUACAAGCCCUAAGAAACCAGCCACUCCAUCCUCUGUCAAAUCUAAGAGCCCCACUCCCUCUGGUCCUGGGAGUGCCAGGACUGGGAGUAAGUCAGGGAGUAAGCCUGGGAGUGGAGUUACCAAGGGAGUGAAGAGUCCACAGUCUAGCGCUAAGAGUAAAACUGCUCCGAAGGCAAAUGCGAAAGGGAAGGGCAAAUCCAAGUCUGAAGAUAAGCGUGAAGAUACGCCUGCUGCCAGCACCACUGCCGACGACACAGAGGAAGAUGGAAUCCCUGAUGGAGUCUUUCCUCUCUUCAUGGCAUCCAAAACACAGGAGAUCUUCCACUGUGUAUGUGAUGACGAUGUUACGAAAGAUGAACCUUUCAAGCUGAUCCCCAAGCAGGACAUCGUAGAGGACAUGAAGAUGAGAGCAGCCAUCAGUGACUUCAGUGUUUUCAAGCAGCAGAUCCUGGACUACCCAGGGGAAGAAAUCCUCGUGGUUUAUGACUACGAUUUCAAAUAUGAGCAGAACUUCUAUGUGGCGAUGACAGAAGAAGCUAAAGAAAAACUACUCCAUCCCCCAGUGAAGGGAAGGGAAGGAGGCGGUGAGGAAGGGGAAGAGGAGGAGGAAGAGGAGGAUGUUGUGUACACAUACGUGCCCCCAGAAGCCAAGGAGUGGGUGUCCCAGGGCAGUGAGAAGGAGAUUGAGGAGGAGACUGUUGUUGACAACAGGAGGAGGGUGAAAGUGUGCAUCCGUAGAAAGAGACUAGACUUUGGUGCACCGUGUACCUUUGAGGACCGCAACGUCAGCGAUGCCAAGGAUGGAUAUGUAGAAUGUACCUCGUAUGAGGAUAAAACAUAUGACUUGAAGGUCAUUGAGCUGGACAAAGGGACACAGGCCAUUCCUUCGAUCUCAGACACUGGCACCCAGACUGACUGGAAAUAUCCCCGCAACGCCAACACACAGUACUACCCUCGCGAGUACUCCGAACAGGAGAGGGAGAAAAUAGCAUCAUCCAAGCCAGUCAAGGACUUUGUGGGAACCGUCGCAGCAAGGUUUGAGCUGGCUCUUCAACAGAAUGAAAUCAUGAAUGUAUUCUUCAAUGACUGGUUGAACCUUGGAGAUUCUGACAGUUUCGGCAACAAAGCAGACAAUCACCUAAAGGAGUACCAGUCCUUCACAGACCUGCAGUUCAGUAAGGAGAAGAGGAUCACCAGCAUACAGUGGCAUCCCAGCAUCAAAGGUGUUGUGGCAGUUGCUGUGGCAGAGAGGUUGACGUUUGAUGAGCGUAUUGACAAUGCAGCGAAGGUCAUCAUGACCCCAUCACUGAUUCUCAUCUGGAGUUUCACGGAUCCCAUCCACCCACAGCUUCUGCUAGAGGCCCCGGAUGACAUCUACAGUUUCCAGUUCAAUCCAGUUGACCCCAACAUCAUCGUUGGCGGCUGCUGUAACGGUCAGGUGGUAUUAUGGGAUAUCUCUGCUCAUGCUGAUCGACUAAAAGCUCCUCGAGGAGGUCACCGGAAGAAGGAGAAGAAUGUACUGCCAGGCUUUGAAGACCCCAAUGCCCUGAAGACCCCUAUAGUCAGGUACUGUGCAGUCUCCAGCAUAGAGCACAGCCACAAGGCAGCCAUCACAGACAUUCAGUGGGUUCCUGACCACAUGGAGGUAAACAGAAUGGGCAUUCCACAAGAAAACCGUUUCCUAAACUGUGUCCAGAUCAUGUCCUGUGCUACUGACCACUGUGUGAUGUUCUGGGACACAAGGCCGUCUAAAGGUCAUCAAGGGAAGGAUGAUGACAAAGGCCCCAAGAACCCCAUGGGCAUUGCGAACACCUUCCGUCACCUUGACCUGCAGUGGAAGCCCCAUCUCAGGGUGAACCUGCACAAGUCGGAGCCAGGCGGUGACCACAGCUCUACCAAGUUCACUAUACAAGAGAGGCAGGGUGACAGAUCAGCACUUGCCAAGGCAACAGACAGUGUGGACAAAGACCUGAGUCAGACAGGAGGAUUUUCCUUCGGGAGCAACAAGCCUGGAUCGGGGAAAGAGAAGAAGACACUUCAGACAGUCAACACCCACUUCUAUGUGGGCACAGAGGAUGGUGAGGUUGUGUACGUGGAUUGGAUGCCACAGAAAGAUCAGGACACUGGCAAAAUACAGAGUGAGCAACAUGUUUUCUUCCCCAAACCAGAUUAUUACCAUUCCCUCCACGAUGGACCAGUCAGAGCUAUGGAGAGGUCGCCCUUCAUCAAGGAGGUUGUGUUGUGUGUAGGAGGAUGGACCUUCAGUCUGUGGAAGGAAAAUGUUUUGAGUGGACCAAUCCUGUUCUCUGCUGCCGCCAACGUAAAGCUGUCUGCUGGCCACUGGUCACCGUCUCGACCUGGUGUCUUCUUCAUUGCCAAGGUGGACGGUAGUGUUGAUGUGUGGGACCUGUUAGACAAGACACACGAGCCCUCCAUCACACAGAGUGUGUCACCAUCACCCAUCACUACCCUCUACCCCUUCCAAGUCACACAGAAGCAGCAGCUGUUGGCUGUGGGAGAUGAUGCCGGGACGCUGCACAUCCUUGAGAUACCCUGGAGUCUGCGACAACCUACAUCAAAUGAGUUGAAUGGCGUAAGUAAUUAUUUCGAGCGAGAAGUCAAGAGACGAGGGUUCGUUGUUCAGAGAUGGGACUUCAGGGAAGCAGAAAAACGAGAGUUGGAGGCAGAGGUGAAACGUAAAGCUGGGAUUGCUCCUAACGUGGUGCUGACGGAGGAGGAGCUGGAGUACAAGGCCAAGAUGGAGUACGCAGAGUACGAGAAAGAGGAGGCCAACUUCCUGCGAGAACUCGGACUCAAGGCAGAGGAGGAGGAACCCCUUCCUGAAGUAUAGUGCCCUGUCAAAUCUGACCACAGGUCAGGGAAACUCAAUCAGCAUUACCACAUCUGUGAUGCAGGUGAAGGUCACUGUGUACUGGGAUUUUAGCCAACAGUAUUGGAAGCUGUUAAACACUGCAUUGAGAUCUCAAUACAACAGAACCUAUUGCAAGUUUGGUUUACUAUAAAUCCUGUUUAUGUCAGUAUCAAUGAUUGUGUGAUGGCCUCAGUGACUCAUAUUGUCGAGAGCCAGGUGUCCAGAUUAUCUAUCAGAUUCACUGUGUUAUUUUGUUAGAAACCAACUGUGAUAUUUACCAUGGUUACUGGGAUCCUGUAAGAACAGCUUCCCUGUACUUGAUGUUUGCUUGAACUAUGUAGAUAUGCAUUAUCUGUUCCAUUGUUCUAAGUAUUCAUUUUCAUUUGUCCAAUGUGUACAUAAUCAACUGAUGUGUUUGUUAAGUCACAUGAAUAUUUAUAUCAUAAUCAAUAAAAAGUUCAUUCCAAAA